AAUUCUUCAUCAUUAGGAGGAUUAUCAAGGGCUCUAAAGCAAGAGCCUUUAAUAAUCUUUUGCAAUCUUCUUCUUCUUGUUCUUGAUAUUAUUAAAAAAUGCCAAAGAAUAAGAAAACAGAAUGGCAAGUAGGAGAUCCCGCGAUAAGCGUAGUGAGCGAUCAGUUCUGUAAUCCAUACCCAAUGGAUCUAUUGGUAAAGAGGAAAGUUCAGAAUUUCUCUAAAGAUCAUUACGAAGUGUUUGAUCCAAGCGGUAAUCUGCUCCUACAAAUUGAUGGACAAGCAUGGGGGUUUAACCGUAAAAGAAUUAUGCGUGAUCCAGCCGGUUUCACAAUCCUCACAAUGCGCCAAAAGGGACUUGCGUUGAAGAACAAGUGGGAAGUGCAUGGAGGAGAGAGCAAAGAGAGAGAAGACUUGCUCUUCACGGUACAACAAUCUCAAGCGGUUUCAUUGAAAACAUCUGUGGAUAUUUUCUUGCCUGAGAACAACAAUGUCAAGAAGACGUCAAACACUUGUGAUUUUCAUGCUUCAGGAGGAUACUCCAAUAUCUCAUUCAAAGUUUUCAAAUCGGAUGCUCUCAUCGCGGGGGUAGGGGUGACACAUAAGUUUACAUGGGGAAGUUUCUGCAAAGGGAAAUAUAAUUUCAAGUCCAUAGGUUCAUUGCAGAAGAAAUACGCAAUUGGAUCUUUUGAGUUGCUGAGCAAGACAGCUCCAAUCCAAGCCAUUUCACUCCUCAUCUUUGGUCCAUUUGUUGACUAUUUCUUGAGUGGCAGGUUCAUUACUACUUACAAGAUGACUUAUGGUGCCAUUUUAUGCAUUCUUCUCUCCUGCGCAUUGGCGGUUUUCUGCAACAUAAGCCAAUAUCUCUGCAUCGGAAGAUUCUCUGCUACCUCAUUCCAAGUUCUUGGUCACAUGAAAACAGUCUGUGUCUUAACAUUAGGAUGGCUUAUCUUUGACUCAGAGAUGACAUUCAAGAACAUAGCAGGUAUGGUCUUAGCCGUAGUGGGAAUGGUUAUAUACAGUUGGGCGGUAGAGUUGGAGAAACAGAGAAAGACGAAAGUAACACCUCAUGGGAAACACAGUAUGACAGAAGAUGAGAUUAAACUUAUCAAAGAAGGAAAGGCCUUUCACUUUCACCAUCAUCACUCACCAUUCAUUUUUUUUUCUCACUUUUACUUCGUUUCUGGGCCUUCGAAUUUUUUUAAUGUGGCUAUACUUUUAUCAAUUAACAAAAACGGCGUGUAGUCUAUCUCUCGUUUGUUAAAAUACAAACUACAUGACGUUUUUGUAUGCUUUACAUUAUAUAGUAGAUUCAUCAUGUCUUUCUUGUUGGUUCCUCAAUGAUUACAUAACGGAAACUUGAGUUUUCCGGUGAAUAUUCAAUGUUUUUGCUCUUCUUAUUCAACAGCUUCUGAGCUAUUCUCUUCGUCGAGUCUGGUAAACACUUUACCGUUGUUUCCAUGAGGGAAGAUGCAUCCAAUGACAUAUCUUUAGCAUAGUAAUGAACGAUCUUGGGAAAUAGUAUCUUUGU